CAUCCUUGCCUAGCACCUCAGCGCUCUGCACAUCGAUCUCCUUCGAAUUCAGGACGACCUCCUUUGUAGCACGAGUGAUUUUGGCGUCAACCUUUACCACACCCUUGUAGCCCCACGAGCCACUGAACUGCAAAUCGAAGAGGGAGACAUGAUAGUUAAUAGGCUUGGCACUAUAGCUUCGGGUUAGUACAUUUCAAUUCAUUUUGAUCCACGGUAAACCCUAGGAUGCUUGGGUGAGGUUAUAGUGAGGUUAUAGUGGACUGCUUGCGCUUCUUCCGCUCAGUCGGCAUCACUCACACGUCAGGAAGAGUCUCUCUGUCGGUGGACGCCAUCAUGCGAGCUUCAGCAGAACAGUGUCUAAUGGGCGACAAACCGAAAGAUACUCGGGGAGCAGGUAUCGGAAGCCGAGAGCGUAAACGAGGAGUUUGACGAGGGGGUGAUCUUGAAGAGAAGACCGAGGCGGAUGUGGAAGCAGAAGAGGAAGAAGCAGAAGCGAAAGAGAAAGCGGAGGGGGAGGGGCGGAGAGUGAUUUGACGGCCGUGGAUUGCAACGCCUGCGCGUCUUGACGCCGCAAUGGAUCUUCUCCCCCACAUCGGCGUCUUUAACGACGGCUAGUGUCGGGAUUGGGUUGACUUGGGGUUGCGCGAAGCGAAUGGUCUUUCGGUUCCUCACCAUCCCUUGGUUGAGCCGAACUGAAGAGAUCUCGACAGACGGAGCUCCGGCGGAGCUUGGACCCUCUUUCGCGGCUAAUCCAUGCCGCGCCAUUUGACACUAUCUUCCUCUUCUCUCCACCCAUUUUAGCACCAUCCUUUGGACCUCCGCGAAUCGCCGCCAUGGCCGACUCGGAUGAGGAAUAUGUGGGAAGCGUCACCGACGAUGAAGAUGAUUUCCAGGUGACUCGGACGGAUCAGACUCAGCCGCGAAAGAGAAAGCAGCGUGGAGGUGCGGAAUGGGAGCUGUCUCGUACUUGGGAGUCCUUGGUCGAAGGCGCCGAUGGAACCAUCAGCUCGACGGUCGAGGGGCUUCUCGAGGCGAGCAAGCGCAAGAGGCUCCUCAAAGAUACUACGCCUCUACAACGAGGUAUCAUACGACAUCUCAUUCUUAUCCUCGACCUCUCACAAUCCAUGUCCGAAAAAGACCUCCGACCAACACGAUACCUCCUGACGCUGCGAUAUGCUCAAGAAUUUGUGCGGGAAUUCUUUGAGCAAAACCCCAUCUCGCAACUUGGUGUGCUGGGGCUUCGAGACGGACUUGCAGUUCGAGUGAGCGAUAUCAGUGGCAAUCCAACCGAACACUUGACCGCGAUUCAAGAGCUCAAGACUCAGGAUCCAAAGGGCCUACCUAGUCUACAGAAUGGCUUGGAAAUGGCCCGCGGUGCUCUCUUCCAUACACCUAGCCAUGGCACGAGAGAAGUCCUCGUGAUCUUCGGCUCCCUUCUCUCCUCCGACCCGGGUGAUAUCCACCAAACCAUCAACACCCUGGUCACGGACAAAGUGCGUGUUCGGAUUGUCGGUCUUGCCGCUAAAGUCGCCAUCUGUCAAGAGCUAUGUAGCCGGACCAAUCGAGGCGACGAGAUGGCAUAUGGAGUGGCGCUCCACGAGCAACAUUUGCGGGAGCUUCUGAUGGACGUGACGACGCCACUAGCGACCCAGAAGCAAUCGGCGAACUCGCUGCUAAUGAUGGGCUUUCCCUCCCGUACCGUGGAGCCUACCCCUUCCCUAUGUGCAUGCCACUCGAAGCCCUCUCGAGGUGGAUAUCUGUGUUCGCGUUGCGGGAGCAAAGUGUGUAGUCUGCCCGCCGAGUGUCCGUCCUGCGGCCUCACGCUGAUCCUUUCGACUCACCUUGCGCGCUCCUACCACCAUCUGUUCCCCUUGAUGAACUGGGUGGAGGUUCCCUGGCGACGUGCCUCGAGCACCGCCUGCUUUGCUUGUGGACUGCCCUUCCCAGCGGUGCCACCAGAGGAUCAGUGGUCGGCAACGGAGACUCACGCUAAAGGCAUGAGUGUCAGCAGUCGCUACCAGUGCACAGCAUGCCAGAACCACUUCUGUAUUGACUGCGAUCUUUUUGCGCAUGAGGUUGUUCACAAUUGCCCGGGAUGCCAAAGCAACAGCGUUCAAGUGGUCUCCGAGGGGAUGGACACUACGAGUUGAGUAUAUUUUCUAACGUUUGCAUCACAUGGAUCGGGCGUCGAGGGUUUUUUUAUCAAGGCAUGGAAGGGGAGUUUUUGUGUACCAUACAAUUCAGCAACUUGACCAUCAAUAAAUUUUUACCGAAGUACCUAA